AAGAAUGAUAGUCCCUCCCUGCUGCCUCCAGAUAAGUAGCUGAAGGAGAGAGAGCAGGAGAGAGAGGGAAAUCGGCCAGCCAUCAUCUCAGAACAGAAAUAAAGUGUGUGUGUGGGGGAGCUGGGCGGGGGGUGGGCAUAGAGCAGAAACUCCUCAGCUUUGGCUGGUCCAUUACACCAGCUGCGGAGGAAACCGCAGCCCCGCAUUGUCUGUCAGCUCCGGGGCUCUGUCUGAACCUGAUGUGUGCAUGUCCCUGUCAGAGAGCAGACAGGCAAAUGACAGCGGCACUAGGAGACCGGAGGAGAGUCCAAGGGAACGACCUUGAGAGGAAACCUGAAAAAUGCAGCAGAGUGAAAAAAUGAAUCACCUUGGGGGGAAGAAAAGGAGAAAUUCCGAUUAAAGGAGCAAGUGCUGCCCAGCGCAUUAUGACCUUGUCUACAGGGAAGGCUGAGCUGCGCAGCCUUCGACAGGAACAAUAACACUGUGGGGAACACCCGUGAAUGGUGGAAGAGACUUGGGGCGGGGGUUUUCUGUGUGGGGAGGGUCCUAUUUCCACCUCUCCUUCUCCCCGUGCCAAGUUCUGGAUGUGCCCUGUGAAAGUUUUUACCCUGGAAGGAAGUCAGUCUUGCCAGUUGAAAAUGAGACACUUUCAAAUGAACUUGCUUCUCAUCUGUGUGGCAACUGCCACAGCUAUCCCUGUGGUGCCCUGGAAGGUGAAAUGCCCACUGCAGUGUGUGUGUCAGAUCCGACCCUGGUACACGCCCAGGUCUGUGUACAGGGAGGCUGCCACCGUGGACUGCAAUGACUUGUUCAUCUCCACGGUGCCCGAGAGCUUGCCAGACGGUACACAGACCCUGCUCUUGCAAAGCAACCGCAUCACCAGGGUGGACCAGAGCGAGCUGGACUAUCUGAAAAACCUGACAGAGCUGGACCUGUCGCAGAACAGCUUUGCUGACAUCUGGGACUUCAGUGUGAAGAACAUGCCUCAGUUGCUGAGCCUCCACCUUGAAGAGAAUCAGCUGACUGAGUUGUCCAAUAACAGCUUCUCUGGCCUGGACAACCUCCAGGAGCUGUAUCUGAACCACAACCAGCUGCGUAGGAUUUCCCCCUGGGCCUUCUCAGGCCUCAAUAACCUCCUUCGGCUCCACCUCAACUCUAAUCUCUUGAGGACAGUUGACAGCCGCUGGUUCCAGGUGCUCCCCAACCUGGAGAUCCUCAUGAUUGGAGGCAACAAAGUGGAUGCUAUCUUGGAUAUGAACUUCAGACCUCUGUUGAACCUGAGGAGCUUGGUUCUGGCUGGAAUGAACCUGAGGGAGAUCUCAGAUUUCGCCCUGGAAGGGCUGAGAAGCCUGGAGAGUCUGUCUUUCUAUGACAACAAGCUGGUGAAUGUCCCCAAGCGUGCGCUGCAGCAAGUCCCUGGCCUUAAGUUCCUGGAUCUGAACAAAAACCCUUUGCAGAGGAUCAGGCAAAAUGACUUCACGAAUAUGCUACACCUCAAGGAGCUGGGACUUAACAAUAUGGAGGAGCUGGUUUCCAUAGACAAGUUUGCCUUGAUCAACCUCCCCGAGCUGAGCAAACUGGAUGUGACCAACAAUCCCAAGCUGUCCUUCAUCCACCCUAGCGCUUUCCAUCACCUGCCCCAAAUGGAGACCCUGAUGCUCAACAACAAUGCCCUAAGUGCCUUGCAUAAGCAGACGGUAGAGUCCCUGCCCAACCUGCAGGAGAUCAGCAUCCACAGCAACCCCAUCCGCUGUGACUGUGUCAUCCGCUGGGUCAACAGCACCGAGAACCAUAUCCGCUUCAUCGAGCCCCAGUCCACACUGUGCGCCGAACCCCCGGACCUGAAGAGGAGGCACAUCCGGGACGUUCCCUUCCGGGAAAUGACUGACCGGUGCUUGCCUCUGAUCUCCACCAAGAGUUUCCCCUCCCGGUUGGAUGUGGCAGACAACGAGAACAUCUCACUACAUUGUAGGGCCCUGGCAGAACCGGAACCAGAGAUCUACUGGGUCACACCUUCUGGGGUCAAGCUGAUCCCUUACUUGGAGGAUGGGAGGUACAAGGUACACCCUGAAGGGACACUGGAAAUUCACAAGAUAACUGCACAGGAGGCCGGGCUCUAUACCUGCGUGGCCCAUAACAUCAUUGGUGCCGACACCAAGAGUGUCAGCCUGAUAGUCAACAGCUCCUUCCCUCUCAGCGUGGACAACCUGGAGCUCCUGGUGAAGGAAGUCCAGGCUUACCAUAUCCUUGUCACCUGGAAGCCCCACCUCAACACGGUCUCCUCCAAUCUCACCUGGUCCAGCUUCUCCUUCAGCUCCAGUCUGGAUGUGACCAACGUCGCCCGAAUCCCUGUGGGCACCCACCUGUAUAAUAUCACCCGACUCCACCAGAGCACAGAGUACUGGGCCUGCCUUCACGUGGCCUUUGUAAACUUGCAGUCCAAGGUGGCCUGUGUGAAUGCCAGGACUAAAGAGGCUGGCUACGGCUACAGGUACCUGGAGAGCAGGCAGAAUGUCUUGACGGUGCUGGCCCUCUGCAUCUUGCUGCUUUCAGUCAGCCUGGUGGGUCACUGUGGCUUUGGUUCCUACAGGCCACAGCCUGGGAGCCCUGGGAAGCUGCUCCUGCGCUCCCUGCCACGGAACCCGGGCUCAUCCUCGGUGCAUGUGGUCUACCCUCCUUUCAUCAAACACUGGGAUCAAGGGAGGCCUGGGGAGAAGCUCCUAGCCAUGGAGGUGCAAGCAACGCCACUGGACUCUUGAAAGUCAACUCUUUGGAGGGACAUGGAAUUGAGGUGGCGGUUCCGGGGGUCGGGGAGAAGGCAAGUGAAACUAUUUUUUACCAAAAAUAAAAAGACUUGACUGACAAACAAAACAGCAUGGCAAGUGGAGAGGGACAUGGCCAACCUCCAGGCCUUGUGGUGCCCCUCUGCCCCCAUGCUCCACCCAAGGCACCCAUCAACAUUUGUCCAAACAGAUUGUUUCUCUUACAGACAACCUGCUGUUACUGGGGGAAAGGUUCUUGAGUGAAUCUUCAGCACAGACAGGGCCAACGAAAUGCAAUGCCCAGAGCAGAGAGCAUGAGCAAGAACAGCCAUACUGUAGAAACACAGAUGACACCAAGCCCCCGGCAACCCAGAUGUUAGUCCACUACCCGGAUGGUCCCUGUCUUGGAAAUACACAAACGCCUUUCCCUUUUGGACUUCUUUUGUGUAUACAGCCAUAGGUAACCAUGACUCAAACUUGCCAGCCCCCUUAUUCGCUCACCUACAACCACCUCAAGGAACAAAGUGGGGAGGGAGGAAGAUGACAGUUGGGCUAAGGAAACACGGAUGCUGCUGCUGCUGUAUCUCUUAACUGGCUAGUGACGUCUUCGUGAUUCCGGCUGGAUUCCGCGGUGAAAAGCCGAUAGGAUCCCAGAACCCAAGAGCUUGAUUUCAAGGCUAUUUUGUAAACUUUUGUGGAUAAUGUUACCAAAAAAAAAAA